CGCUCAGGACAGCAGUACGGAAACACGUCACAUCCCCGCGCAGAGGUUCAAGCGGCAUCAGGAAGCUGCGGACCGGCAGAAGCGUUAGAACCGAUCCUGAAGAGGAUGAAGAUUUAUUUCUGCGGGAGCAUCCGCGGCGGAAGAGAUGACGCACAUCUGUAUCGGAAGAUCGUGGACAAGCUGCAGAGCUACGGGACCGUGCUGACCGAGCACGUGAGCAGCACCACGCUCACCGACAGAGGUGAGGACGCCUCGGCAGCAGGAGACAAGUUCAUCCAUGACCGAGACAUGGACUGGCUCCAGCAAUCUGACGCGGUGGUGGCGGAGGUCACGCAGCCGUCUCUGGGCGUUGGCUACGAACUCGGCCAAGUCGUCGCCAUGAAGAAAAAAACCUUGUGUCUAUUCAGACCGUCGUCGGGACGUGCUCUGUCAGCCAUGAUUCGAGGAGCUGACGACGGCGAAUGGUUCGUGGUGAGGGAUUACCAGGAGGAUGAGGUGGAGAACGUUCUGGAAGAGUUCUUCAACACGCUGAAGAGAAGCUGAAGAACGUGGAGAACAUCAGAGUUUUACUUGGAACAAACGGUGAAUAAAAGAUAAACUGUUCGUGACAAAACAACUCAAUAAAGUUCAGUGAAAA